AUGGAUAGAGAGCUGGAACUGGGCAAAAGGUUAGCUCAAGACUUAACACUCAAGAGAAACUUUUCAGCUUUCACUGCCAGCUGGAGCUUCCUGAGCAACAAAUUUGAUGUUAAUGUUUCUUGGUGGGCUUAUCUAGCUCAUUGCAAAUUGAUUCAAGCAGCUUUAAAGUCUGCCGACUUGGGUGACAAUCUGCUGACCAGGCCUGGACAACCCACGGUUGCACGAAUACCUCCACCUAUUUUGCCACGACCAUCACAGCAAACGGGAAGCAGUAGCCUGAGCGCUUUCAGGCCAGCAUAUAGUAGUUCUUUUUCUCCAGGCUAUGGUUCACAUGGAACCUCUUUUUAUGGAAGCUAUAGUCCUUACAGUUACGGAUAUGGUGGUUUGGGUUAUAACCGCUUUCGUACAGAUGAUAUUCCUCCCAGCAGGUUUGUUCACCAGGCUGAAAGUAUCGUGCAUGCAUUUGCCUCAGUCAGCAUGAUGAUGGAUGCUACCUUUUCUGCUGUGUACAACAGUUUCAGAGCUGUGUUGGAUGUAGCCAAUCACUUCUCCCGCCUCAAAGUACACUUCACAAAGGUGUUUUCAGCUUUUGCCUUAGUGAGAACUAUAAGAUAUCUCUACCAGCGUCUACAACGAUUACUAGGUCUGCGGAAGAGCUGUGAGAAUGAGGAUUUGUGGGCUGAAAGCGAGGGGACAGUAGCUCGUGUUGGCCUUGAAGACAAAGCGGCUAACUCUGCAAAAUCCUGGCCCAUUUUCUUGUUCUUUGCUGUUAUAAUGGGAGGUCCCUAUCUGAUCUGGAAACUGCUUUCUACAUACAGUGAUGAAGAAACAGUAUCUAGUAACUGGGCAAGUGGAGAAGAUGAUCAUGUAGUUGGAAGAGCAGAAUAUGAUUUCAGUGCACUCUCAGAAGAAGAAAUUUCUUUCCGUGCUGGUGACAUGCUAAGAUUAGCACCCAAAGAACAACAACCCAAGAUCCGUGGUUGGCUUUUGGCUAGUUAUGAUGGCCAAACAACAGGACUUGUGCCGGCUAAUUACAUCAAAAUCCUGGGCAAAAGAAGAGGUAGGAAAACAGUGGACCUGGAAAGGAUUACAGAGCAACGGCCAGCCUUUCCCAGCACAUCUGCUAGAGGAUCCACUGCUGCUGUGACUCUAGAGGAGCAGGAAGCUGCUUUUGAUUCUGUUUUUGCUGGAAGUAAUAAAGUUCCUGUUGCAUCUGACUCCACUGUGGUCGGUGGAGAGAAACAGGAACUCUAAUGCACUUUCAUCAACAAAGCAACUGAACUGUGCUUUAUUGAUAAAACCUAAGGUUCGUUGAAAAUCAGUAUCGUAGUGGAACACUGAUGGGUCUGUACCAGUUUUUGCUGCUACUGACUGGUGAAGGGAUGGAGAAAUGAUUGCUCAAAUUUUUAGUAUUUAUUUUUGACUCACCUAAGGCUCUACAUUAGUGAUUCUACCCAACCACCUGGCAGCAACUCUAAGGUCUUGAGACAAGGAGAAUUCAGGUGUUUAUAACAAAGCAAACAACAACAAAAAAUAGGCACUGCUGGCUGAUUCUUGUUAAGGAGGCAAACUGUUGGUGAAAUCUGGAGACUAACAUCCAGUCUUCAGUGGAAUGUUGGCUUGACAAGAGGCCUCUUCAAUAGAUGUGCGAAGGGAGGAUAGAUUUCUGUAAGAUGUCCUCCAAAACUGGACGCUGAGGUCCGUAACAUAGUAAUGGUGCAUUCUUCCCCGUGGAAGGAGGGAGAAUUGCCAGAGGUUUAGGUGACACAAUUGAAUCGUUAGAAGUUCUACGUAGAGCUUCUAUCAUAAAA